CAAAGAGAAGGGAAGGUGGGAGGGAACAGGGAGAGGAGAGACAGAGAGAGGGCAGAGUGAAACCACACCUUAUUAUAAGAGCAGACGGGACACAGGCAGGGGCACACAAGCAGCUACUACAGGAAUAGUCACUGUACCGAAGGGUGCAGGGCCAAUAUUUUGUGCAGUGGUGUGCUGUUGUAGAGUCUGUGUAUGUGUGAGUCCUCAUCAUGGGCUGUUAUUUGGCUCACACCUGCAGGUUUCUGUCUCCGCUGGCAAAUAAUUCAUGCCAUUCACCAAUGGGCAGGCUCAGCACACAACACUGACAUAAGGAGAUUCAAGCUGUAAGCCAUGUGACUCUACAAAGAGCUGCAGGGAUUGGCUGAGACCAUCUCUGACCUCAGCAAACUGCCUCCGCCCCUCCUCAACACUACCACCCCACCCCCCCUUGCCAAACACACAUACACACACAUAACCCUCCCUCCCUCUCAGUCUCUGUGCCUGCCUCCCUCCCUCUCUCUACCCUGCCUCUUUUAUUUAUUUAUUUUCCUCCAGUUAGCUUUUCCCCCUCCUCUCAGCAUCCUCGGCUGAAUGUGUAGGUUAGAGCCGCAGUAGCAGCAGCAGCAGCAGCAACAGCAGCAUCCAUGGCUUAAGCCCCAGCUCUGAUCGGCAGCUAGCCCCGCCAGGCCCCUACCCCUCCUUUCUCUCUUUCUAUCUCUCUCUGUAUCUCUGUCCCUCCUGGGCUAGUUGACAGGUGACGUCUGGGGGUGUCGGAGGCUCACAGUUAGCCAGGGCGUUAGCCACAUGCACACAGCUACUCUGCUGCCCAUCAGUUCUACUGUAUCUCUCUGGUAACCGGGGGCUUCUUCUCUUCUCCCCCUCCCCAUACACCACCUGCUUUCAUUUCAGGCUCCUUGGAGAUAGAGGAAUGCAAAUCUGCAACCAUGAUGGAAGGUAAUCAUACUGAUGCAGCUUGGGAUUCCGGAUCCCGUUGGACUUUGAGAAUAAGAGCUGUAAGGAGGAGGCUCAGAUAUCAUCAAGACAAAAGAUUGAAAAAACGUACCAGGAAGGCCUUUGGGAUACGGAAGAAAGAGAAGGACAAUGACUCUGCAGGGUCCCCAGACAGAGAUGGAGGUGAACCCCCAGAGGUUGAAUCGUCUCAGAAGAAGACUAACGGGGCCCCAAACGGCUUUUACGGAGAUAUCGACUGGGACAGAUAUAACUCCCCUGAGGUGGAUGAUGAGGGCUACAGCAUCAGACCUGAAGAGGAGUCAGAAGAGGGAGCUCCUAUUACCAAAAAGGCCCACUUCUUUUCCUCUGAUGAGUCCGAAGGAGAGGAAGACCACAGGAAAAAAUUCAAAAUUAAGAUCAAGCCGCUGCCAGCCGAUCGCGUAGCGUCAGUGCCCUCAGUCGACGAGCUCAAAGCCUCCAUAGGCAACAUAGCCUUGUCCCCUUCUCCUCUGAGGAGUCCGAGACGUAGCCCGGGUUUGAAAAGGAACACAUCCAGUGAGGAGAUUGCCAGACCGAGACGCGUCAUUCCUACUGUACCUACUGUGGCCCCCACACCAGCUCCAGCACCACAACCCCCCAGCAGUCAACAAACUCCAUUCCCUGAAGACACCACCGCCUUAUUUGGGCCUCCUUUGGAAACAGCCUUCGGAGAACCAAAAACUGAAGUGGGUCUGGGUGAGUCCGAUGUGUGGGGGACUCCUCUUUCAGAGCCUGAAUCCUCUUUGACAAGAUCCUUCCCUACAGGAACUCCACCUCCUCUUCCACCCAAGAAUGUCCCGACCUCCCCCCCGUCGACUGGCUCUGCCUCUGUGGAUGAAGCUGAAGUGUCAACAGAAGCAGACAGUUCCACCAGGAAACCUUCAAUAGCUGACUUAGACAACAUUUUUGGACCAGAACAGGCCCCCCCUGUUGGUGAGGAUACAGGUGACGUGUGGGUCUGCUUUAGUGAAGAGUCUGCUGGCCGGCCGCCUCUACCGGAGGAACCAGCACCUCCGCUACCAGCCUCCCCACCUCCACCUGAAUCUCCUGCCCCACCCUUACCUACAUCACCACCUCAUCCAGAAGACCUUGCAUCACCUCUCCCUACCUCCUCUCCCCAAAAAGAAGAACCUGUGCCCCCUCUACCAACCUCCCCACCUCCUUCAGAGCCUGCUGGCCCUCCUGUACCCUCAAGCCCUUCUACAUCUGAGGACCAAAAUCCUCUCACACACGCCACCUCGCCACCCCCUGCGCCACCAAAGGAGCUUGCGUGUCCUCCCACUUCCUCUCCCCCUCCUCUCGACUCACCCACCAGCGUCCCACCAGCCCCUGCUCCCAAAGCAAGAACCCCUCCAGCAGUGACUCCUCCUGCUGAGGAAUCUGCACCACGCCCCGUCCCACCACCUCUUGUCUUGUCUGAAGAGGAGCAGUCCAAAACCACAGACUCCACCCUACCCAAAGAGGAUGGAGGUGAAUCUGUCACCUCACCCAACGAUGCUAGCCAGGGGAGCAGGAUAACGCCUCCCCCACCUCCUCCUCCCACAUACCGGGCGGUGGUGUCGUCACCAGGUCCUACAUCUGGAGCUGGUGGCACGAAUAGCGGUUCCUCCUCUCCGGUGCGACCUGCCACUCCUUCGUCUGUUAACCCCACCCCACCACCACCUCCACCUCGACCCCCUUCACGGCCUAAACUUCCUCCAGGGAAACCCUCAAUAGGAGAUGCAAAUCGUCCGUUCAGCCCGCCGGUCCACUCUGCCAGCCCUCCUCCCAUCGCCCCAUUGGCACGAGCCGAGAGCACCUCCUCCAUCUCCUCCACCAACUCCCUGAGUGCCGCCACCACCCCCACCGUCGGUAAAGAGCUCUCCGUGUCCGUGUCAGAAGACGAUGCUUAUGUAGACAAACUGCCCACCUUUGAGAGACACUUUGAUUCAUUUGCAGAGAAUGACCAGCCAUCCCUUGUAUGGUUUGACAGAGGGAAGUUUUAUUUAACCUUUGAAGGCUGCUCCAGAGGGCCCAGUCCUCUCACCAUGGGGGCUCAGGACACUCUCCCUGUGGCCGCCGCAUUCACAGAGACGGUCAAUGCCUUCUUUAAAGGAGCUGACCCCAGCAAGUGUGUUAUGAAGAUCAUAGGUGAGAUGGUUUUGUCGUUUCCGGCGGGAAUCACGCGGCACUUUGCCAAUAACCCGUCCCCUGCCGUGCUAACCUUCAGCAUAACCAACUACAGCCGACUGGAGCAUGUGUUGCCUAACCCCCAGCUCCUUUGCUGCGACACCACCACACAAGCCAAGGCUGAUACCAAGGACUUCUGGGUGAACAUGCCAAACCUGAUAUCCCAUUUAAAGAAGGUGGCAGAGCAGAAGCCACAGGCAACAUACUACAACGUGGACAUGCUCAAGUAUCAGGUGUCCACGGAGAGGAUCCAGUCAAUUCCUCUGAAUCUAGCGGUGAGCUGGAGAUGUGAGCCCACGAGCACUGACCUGAGGAUAGACUACAAAUACAACGGGGAGGCCAUGACAACGCCGAUGGCCCUGAACAAUGUCCAAUUCCUCGUCCCUGUCAACGGAGGGGUUUCAAAACUACAGGCUGUCUUACCUCCUGCUGCAUGGAAUGCGGAGCAGCAAAGAAUCCUUUGGAAGAUUCCUGAUAUCUCACAGAAAUCUGAAAAUGGAGGUGUGGGAUCAUUGUUAGCACGCUUUCAGCUAACAGAAGGCCCCAGUAAACCGGCUCCACUGGCGGUGCAGUUCACCAGUGAGGGCAGCACCCUGUCAGGCUGUGAUAUUGAGCUGGCUGGGCCUGGAUACCGAUUCUCUCUCAUCAAGAAGAGGUUUGCCGCAGGAAAAUACCUGGCGGACAACUAAACUGUGCUGCUGAGAACAGCACUGUUGAACAAAACAAUGGCAGUGGACUGAGAGUGACACCAAGGACAGAGGACAAACUGGCACCAGACAGACUUUCCAUUAACCUUUUCUGAACCCACACGACCGGUCCGCAGCCUACCCAGCAGUAUUGUAUAACUUGCAUAUAGCAUCGUGGAGCUGUUUUAGGUCAUGUAAUAAUUGUAUUUGUAUUCAUUUCAUAACAUCUGUAUUGCUGCAGUUAGACACCUGGGUUCUUCCUCUCUCUGAAGUCUGUGCCUCUGUCUCUAUCCUCCUCUGGUCAAUGUGUGGUGGUGUUUUUUUAAAGUUUCACUGCAGCUGCCUGACCGAAGACAUGGACAGGAAGUAUUUCGACCAGAUUUUUACUCUGGAUGACAUGCUUUUUGUUGUCUCAAGUCCAGAAAGAUUUGACUGUAAAAAUACCCUUGAGUAAGAUCUUUGUGGUGAGACACUCACCUCAACCUCUGAUGCAUCUAAAGUUAGACUAGUUAAAGUUGAAGCAGGGCACAGGAAAAUAAACAGCAAGUUAUACAUGCAGAUUUAACAAAAAUCAGCUCUAUAUAUAAUCCUUCUGUCAGAGUCUGAGCUCAAUGCCUGAGACGGCUGUCCUCACUGUCUCACACUGACAGAGACCAUUGCGUGUCUUGGAAGUAAAUGCACACUGAUGCAUUUUGACCAGUGUGUUGACACAAACUGUUAAAUAAAAGAUGUUUCUUGAUGGCACUUGUCUGCGAUCAGCUGAAACAUAGGAUCAAGUAACUACAAAAAAAAUCUAGAUUUUCAUGCAUCACAUGCUGGUACUACAGGGUCACAUGACUUUUAAUAUAAAUGCACUGAUCAGUCAAUCAAACUGGUAUUUUCUUUCUCUGGAAUAUACAGACAUGGAUAGGUUUUUAGUGAGUUAGGCAGCUGCAAUGAUAAAUCAAUGUACUGGUUGCAAAAUAAGAAAAUAUGUUUUCCCGUCAGAACAAAAGAAGUGUACAAAGUGUCAUUUUAAAUCAAUAAUAUAUAUCUUAAAGGGCGUUUGGUGUUUUCCUCGUAUUGUCAGAUAGCCUUUCUGCUGUUUCCAGGACAGCAGUGAUAGUCUCCAGAGUACAUGACAGCAUUCUAUUUUUAUUUAUCGAUGAUUUGUUUGUAAAAAAAAACAUGUGUAUUCAAAUAGAAUUUGAAUGGUAUCAGACAACUCAGAACCCUUAAAGGUAUAAAUAUUUGAAUUAUCUCUCUUUUUUGUUAUCUGUGUAGUUGGGUAACCCGUGUACAGUAUAAGGUAUACUUUUUGAAUUUAUUUCAGAUAUAAUUUUUUAACUCAAGUGCAACAGAAGAUUUGAGCUAUAUAUGGGUGGUGGGAGGGGGUAAUUUAAGAAAAAGAUAAAUAUCUUCCUGGAUGCUGUGUUAUGCUUUGUGAAAGCAGUGUUAAUGUAGAGUUAGUUAUACAAUGGGCAAGGUCCACACUUUAAAGAGUCUGUUUGACAUUUUGGGAAAUGGGCUUAUUUGUUUUCUUUUUUAGAAAGUUAGAUGAGAUGUUCAAUACCACUCUUAUGUGUGUCUGUUCAACAUGAGGCUUGAGCCAGCAGACAAUUAGCAAAGCUGAAAGACUAGAAACAGCUAGCCUGGCUGUGUCUGAGGGUAAAAUAAUCCGCUUACCAGCACUUUUCACAAAAUUUCACUAAUUUACAGGUGAUAUCUUGUUUGUUUAAGCUGUACAAAAAAGUAUAAAAAUGUCUAGUUGUGGUUUUAAAUAUUUUACCUGCUAAACAUCAGCAAGUUAGCAUUGUCAUUGCGAGAAGGUCAGCAUUUAGCUCAAAGCAACGCUGUGCCCAAGUACAGCCUCACAGAGCUGCUAUCAUGACUGCAGACUUCCUUUUGACAGAGCCAAGCUAACUGUUUCCCUGUGUCCAGUCUGUAGGCUAGGCUAAGCUAACUGUCUCGUCACUCCAGCUUAACAUUUAACAGAACGUGGCAUCAGUCUUCUCAUCUGAUUCUCAGCAACAAAGUGAGUCAGCAUAUUUUCCAAAUUGUUUUCCUUUUUAUAAAGUCAAGACAAUGACAACAAAAGCAAUCAGUUUGGUGACCGUGGUACCACUACUGGAACAGGAUUUGUUUACUGGGACCAGCUAGUUUUUUGUUUUUGUUUUUUUGUUUGUUUUAUAUUCAAACCAGCUUGUGAUAAAACAGAAAAAAACACUCUUGCAUUGCAUCCAGCUUUCUCAGUUCCCACAUCUACCUAUUCAGUUCUUCUUCAGCUUUGACCACGUGUCUGAAGUAUUUUCUUCCCUGUUUCCAUUUACCUCAGUGGUACCUAAACUCCCUGACUCUAUCAUGAGCACAUCCCCAAUCAUCCAACCAGCACUUGAAUCCAUGGCUUUAUUUUGCAUAAUCGUAAUGGUCUCUGUGAGAUGACAUAAGUUGAAUGAGGUUGUGGAGCAAGGUUAAGUUGACCAAAAUGCUAUUGUUUUUGUUUGUUUUGGGGGUUUUUUUGUAUUUUAUGUUUGUGUAUCCCAGACAGUCAGUCCUCUGUUAAGGAUAAUAAGCUGAAUAUUUUUAAAACAGAUAAAAGUGAAAAAAUAUUAUAUUGUUUAAUGUGUAUAAAACACUGUGCUGAUGAUGUUGAACUUCCUGAAUGCUCUGACACUCAACAUGGAGAACAAAAAGUGAGUGUGAAGUGUAGCCGAAGAUCUCUGUACUGUACUGUAUGUCGGCAUUCUGCUAAAUGCAACCAAUCGUGGUCCUUUCAGAAAUGUCGUCAAAGCAUCUUAGGCUGAAUUUAAGACCUGAGGACUAUUUGCAACAUGUCAGUUCUCCUAUUCAGUGACCUAGUUUUAAAGAUGUGAUUAUUUGGCUGAUAAGCCAUCAGAUGUGAGCCGUGCUGAAAAUCUCAUUUUUGACCAGAUUUACCAUUAUUUCUGGGCAGACAGAGUCUAAAAGAGCAUUGUGGAUUACUCUGAUGUUGCACUGAAUUUGUUAAAGCAAGGUGAUGAUGAUUGGUGCCAUUUAGCUCCCCACAUUAGUUUGGUAACUUUCAGUCAUGUCAGUCCUUCCAGCUAGUUGACCCGAUGGAUCGACAUGGCUGACAGGAAGCUGUAACCUUGAAGCAAUCAGUGCAACAGUCACUACAGCAUUAUCUACAGAGGCCCACCACAUGCACCCCCUAUCAUGCAUCUGUCUUAACUUAACCAGUACACUACAUGUUACAUGUCUUUCAGCUCGAAAGUCGUGUUGCAGUAUAAAAUUCACAUCUUCUUUGCAUCUAGUUAAAAAAUGGAACAAAAGUUGUAUUUUCAAGAACAUCUCUGUGGUGAAUUUGUUCUGCAGUAUUUCAGUAUCGCAUGCAGAGCAUGAAGUAAAAGGUGGGGCAUCUAUGAUGAUAGAUAGUACUGAAAUGACGUUGUGCUGAGUGUCAGUUACCUGUAUUAAUGUUGAGAAGAGAGCAGGGAGUGUGUUUAUGUGUGCUGUAAGCCAGAAUGCUUUUUGGUUCUGUACCGUUAACCUCAAACACAUGUGCAAGCUGUUUGUACAGUACAUAACAACGCUAAGAUGAACUGAGAAACUUAGUUUGCUUCUUUCCAAAACCAAUAAAAGUUAUAACUGGA